UCCGCUUUGGUCUCGAAUACUGAUCCUCCCCCCUCCCCCUUCCUGCCACCGCCAUCCUAUGCACAGGCCAGCCCGCGGCGCCCUCCGCAUCUCCACACGCCUGGCCACUCGGCCUCCUCUUCCCGCCCUUAUACACUCCCGCCCGUACUCACUCUCCGCCACAGAGCCCCCGCCAAACCUACAGCCACAUCAGUAUCCAGCCUUCGAACGCCUGUCAACCGCACUCUCUCUGAAGCAGCCAUGUUUCGGUGCCAGAGGAGACGAAGUAGAGCUUCUGACCGGGCCAGAAGUCUUCUACAGCCGGCUCUUGGACAUGAUCAAAGGGGCGAAGAGGAGAAUAUUGAUCAGCAGUCUGUAUAUCGGAGCCGAGGAGGGGGAGCUCGUUGAGGCCAUACAAGCCGCUCUGACGAACAAUCCACAGCUGCGUGUAGUCUUUAUUCUCGAUUACCAUCGCGCGACUCGUCUAGCUACUUCGACCAACUUACCCCCUUCUACCGCCCAUCUUUUAUUACCUCUUGUGGAACGUUUUUCUGACCGAUGCGAAGUGUGGUUGUUUAGAAGUCCAAAGUUGAAAGGAUUAAUGGAGAAGAUCGUACCUGCCAGAUAUGACGAGGGAUGGGGCACAUGGCAUGGCAAGUGGUAUGGUGCAGACGAUGAAGUGAUUAUAAGUGGAGCCAACCUCGGUCGCUCGUAUUUUACGAAUAGACAAGAUAGAUAUAUCCAUUUCCGAUCCAAUCCCAGCCUGUUAUCUUAUCUCUCAUCAUUAACUCGACUUUUCACACAAUACUCUUAUCUUCUACAUCAUUCACCACCACCUCACAUCCCCCCCUACAAUACCGUCCCGCUCCCUUCACCGGAGAAUCCGGACAAUUCGAAACUCCCUAGCUCUUCAGUUUCAAUCCGCCCGCGUGCCUCUCUCAUAUGGCCCUCUUCUUCCAUCAAUCCCCGCAAGUUCUCCCUUCACGCUCUAGCCACGUUGUCAGCCUUUCAAAACUCUUGGCGUGCCUCCAAUUCUGCCAGGUCGCGUCGAGUAGAUGUUGAUACUUGGUUUUGGCCUGUCCUUCAAGCUGGAGUGUUGGGUAUCAAAGAAGAGGAGAGGGCCAUGGCAGAAGUUUGGAAGGCUGUAAGGGAAAGUCACGAGGGAGAGCAGAACGAAUCCAGAAAGGUAGAAGUAGAUUUGACAAGUGGAUAUUUUGGUCUGUACAAGAAGUACAAGCAAUUGGUGGUGGAAUCACCGGCAUCCGUUAAGAUCAUUGCAGCGUCACCAAAGGCGAACGGAUUUUACGGAUCCAAAGGAUUCUCCAGACUCAUCCCAGAAGGCUACACUUUGCUGGAAACCAGGUUUCAUCGAGAUACUGUCAGGGCUGGUAGAACUUGGAACGUUGAGAAGGGCACCGGCGUGAGAUUAAAAGAGUGGGAGAGAGAAGGAUGGACAUAUCAUUCAAAAGGGCUUUGGGUUUCACCGCCCGACUCAAAACCAUUCCUCACAUUUGUCGGCUCGUCGAAUCUUUCCACACGAUCACUCACACUCGACACUGAGCUGUCCAUGGUGAUGAUGACUUCUUCCCCUACUUUGCGGCGGGCUCUUGAUACCGAGCUGAAGCACUUGGACGAGUAUGCGACGCAGGUAGGGGAAGAGACUUGGAAGCUGGAGGAGCGGCAGGUCAGUUGGUUGGCUUGGCUUUUGGUGGCACUUGGAGUCGAGGGGAUGUUAUAAAGCUUUUUUUACUUUGCUGCGAAUGCACCACCC